AUGAUCACCAUUCCUCUCGAGUUCUUCCCCUUGACGGAGUUUGCAUCGCAUGUGGACAACGUGGCCUUGGCUUCCUUGGUUUUCUGGAUGCUCGACGUUCCCCUGCACUUGGUCUUCGGCGUGCAGAUGGCUGGUGUCACGGAAAUGCGGCCCAAGAAGCUCUUCAAGCUCUACCUGCAGUCCUGGUUUGCGGUGGACAUGAUGAUCAUCUUCGUGGAUACUGUGGUGCUUACUUUGAAGUUCAUCUACUAUGCCGACCCGAAUCCAGUGUUUCGUUCUGGCCGUUUCCUUCGCAGCUUGCGGAUCAUCCGCUUAGUGCGGCUGAUCCGUGUAGCAAAGUUGGAGCGCAAGGUGUCCUUCGUCGCGAACCGCCUCCUUUCGACGUACUCUCUGAUGGCGUUGAAGGUCUGCGGCUAUCUUGCUGUCAUGCUGGCCAUCAACCACCUGAUCGCAUGUGGCUGGUAUGGCGUGGCCUACUGGACCAGCGACUUGGGCAACUGGCUCGAUGGUGCCAGUAUCAACGCGGACUCCACGCCGGAUGCUUACGUUGCCGCGAUGCAUUGGUCGCUCACGCAGUUUACUCCUGCGACGAAUCCCAUAGCUCCGUUCAACGGCUGGGAACGGUUCUAUGCAAUCUGGGUGAUCCUCCUUGCGAUGGCGUCCUUUUCCUCCUUUAUUGGAUCCAUCGGUUCCACUGUCAGCUCCAUGCGGGCGGCCCGGCGGGGGCAGAUUUUGGAACAAGGCAAACUGGAGCUGUUCUUUACCGAGCGACAGCUGUCCCUGGCCCUCUUCAGCAAGGUCAAGGCCGCCCUGCGCGAUGAUCGGCGAGAACAAGUUCGACUCCGGGAAGGCGAGGUGAGCUUGAUCCAAGGCAUUCCGGAGAGGUACAAAGUCGAACUCCACAAGGAGAUGUUCAUGCACGCGUUGGCGCAAGCGAACAUUUGGCCACGGUGGAUUCAGCGUGAGGAGCCCUACUUCUACAGCAGCGUCUGUCAUCAGACCAUGACUGAACAUGCAUGCAGAGCCGGGCAAGAUGUGUAUCUUCCACGGACCUCGUGCUGCAUCGUCUAUGCGUUGCAGACAGGCUGCAUGGAGUUCGUCGACGAUGACGUGAAAACCAAGCCUGUCGAAUGCGAGCCAGACACAGUGAUGGCGGUGAUUUGCCUGCCGAGCCUUUGGACCGAGUGGGAGCACACCGGCCGGCUGACUGCGAAGAGUGGGGUUUGCCAUUAUGCCGGAAUCGACUGCAACGCCUUCUGCAACCUGGCAACGAACUUCGGCGGAAAGCUCUGCGAGUACCUGAAG